AUUAAAGUAAACAUUAUUAAGAGGUUAUGUGCCUUUAAGUAGAAAGAUUUAUUAACAAAAAAAAUAAAAAAAAUAAAAAAAUAAAAAAACGAAGGAAAGAAAUAAGAGGGAAAGAAAAACAAUAGCCAACUAAGUGAAAACCACAAUUUCCUCGUGCUCUGCUCAUUGAACACUGCCAGUCCGAUCACCGGAUAAAUGGUUCCGGUGGCCGGAGCGUUCGCAGAAAGAGCCUUCCUUUUGCCCUUGAUCUUACACUAAAAUUACCAUUUACCACCAAGUCCUGCCUUUUGGGAUUUUACAUAAUUAUUUUUAAUAUUUAUUUAAAUGGAUUCCCAGGAGGUUUCCGAAGGGAUUAGGACGACGACGACGACGACGGAGAAGAGCAACUUGGCAUUAACAAUAUUGCGUUGGUCUCUGGCUCUGCUUUGUCCUAUCCUUGGCUUCUUUACGCUGUCGUUUUUGGUCGGCUUCGUCGCAGUUUUCGUCGCUAAUUCUUCCGUCUCCAACCCCAUUUCCGUGCCCUCUCAGUGCAAGAUCGUCUCCAGCGGUGUGGAUCUUAGGUCAUCUAAGGUCUGUGAACUUGGACUGUUUAACUACAAAGCCAAGCAAGUGACUUAUCCUUUUGGAAAAAGUAAAUUUCGAUGCCGUUACGAUUACUAUUGGGCUUCAGUGUUUAAGGUAGAAUACCACGAUCAGUUUUCAGGUCACACUCGGCUUGCAUUGGCAGAGGCUCCAAAUGAGGCCCUUCCUCAUAAUUGCAGACCCAAUUUUGGUGCUGCAUGGUUGACCAAGGAUAAAUUUAAGGUGAAUGAAACUUAUGAUUGCUGGUAUACAUCAGGAAUUGCGAAAGUAAGCUUAUAUCAUGAUGGCCUUUUCAGUUGCCAGGCAGAAGAUCCAUCCACAUUUGAGAUGAUUAGGAGAUAUCUCAUCCUGUCUACAAAGAUUUUGCACUCCUGGUUUUUGAGUGAGGAAAAGUUCAAGUAUUUGAGAUGGGAAAUGGUGGCUGGAGUUAUUACUGGGUUUUCAACAUCAUUGAUCUGCAUUAUCUUUGUUAAGCUAGUGCAAGAAAAUGUUUCUGCAUUCUCUCUGUUUGGUGCUGUAAGAUUGCUUCGACAGGCUUUACAUACCGUCCACUUUAAGCGUGCUUGUUUUCUUGUAGCAUACUUAACUAUUACAGGUUGGCUGGCUGUCCAAUACGGGAAGAGUAUUGGCAUUGUUGAGAUUUUCACAGCUUUUCUAAACUAGGCAGCACUCUUUUUGAAAAGUGCUACUUUCUUUUUGUUAUAGAAUCCCUGAAUAUGCCUUAUGGCAUUGUAUCAUUUCCUUGUAAAAUGACAAGCAAUUGAGUGAGAGUGCCUAAUGUACUUUUGAUCAUCAUGUUAGAGUAGAAAAGAUUGACCCAAGAUAGAGGUCACCAUGUAUAGGAAAUUGCCUAAAAUAAAAACCGGAUGUAUUUUGAUAUAUAAUUGUGUAGUAGAAUUUCUAAGAAUUGUAGUCGUGAAAUAGGCUUUAUUUUAUUCUGUUCUGAUUAAUAUUUCUAAGUUUCUUGGAAUGUCAUGUUAAAGUUUUGAUGCUUUA